UUAGAGAAGUAAAACCAGUCGACUAUUAAAAAUUCAUUUAUUUCCGUUAUCAGUUAUCAGUAACCUAAUGUUGAUAUUUUCACAGAACAAUUCCAGAAACUUUCCUACACGUGUUAAAAGCUUUAUCAAUAAUUUUAUCAAGCAACUCAAAAAUUAUACUCAAGAGCUGAUAAAAAGAAUAUUGGUUACAAUGGAUAAAAAAAUUUACACACCAAAAAAAGUUUAAUUUACUUAAUGACUAUAAUAGAUACGCUAAAAAAAUCCGAUUAAAAAACUUAUUAACAAGACACGUGAGACUCUAAACGUAAACUCUACAUUUUUUUCUUUCAGGAACAAUAUAUACGAGCAAAAUUUCGAAAUUCUAAUUGACCCGCUAUAAGAUUUCGGAAUUCAAUUACCAUUUUAUUUGAGAAUCGUAGAUGAUAUUGCGAUUGCUGUCCCUUCAAACCAAACUGACUGUCUUCAACAUUUUGAAUUUAUUUCAUCCCAGAUUACAACUUACGAUCAAAGUCGUGGAGAAGAGGACAACAGAUAAAAUCUUCUUGAUAUCACCAUGAUAAAUAACGACGGCAUUCUUUAGUUUGAUUGAUAUCACAAACCAUCAUAUUCUCAAGUAGAUACUUCAACUAUUUAUCUUUACAUUUAUUAUCUCAAAAAAAGACCAUAAUGGAUAUGGUUGACAGAGCAUUUCACUCCCAGAUCUUCAGUUUCAUAGUAUAAACAUCAGUUUUGUUAUUAACUAACUCUUUGCUGAAUAACGAUUAUCUCUUGGAUUUUACUUUGAAAACGAUAAAUGUAUGUCUCAGAUCCCUCUUAAACGAAUAAACAUUCAAAUUGAAAACUAUUAACUGUUAACGAAUUUGGAGGUAGUGAAUCAUAAAUCAAAGAAUUUGACUUAUGAUUUAUCAAUUAGUAUAUUUUAGAUUUCGGGAAUCUUGAAUAAGUUCAGAUUUAUAAGAAAAAAUACUUAUAGAGACUGGUGUUUUUAAGCUUGAACAAAUUAGAUAAAAAUGUUAGAGUAUAUAAUGAUCCGUUGCCCUCAAGUUUAAAAAAAUCAAGUGGUUCCAUUUUAUAUACUUAAAAAAAAUUAUGUUUAAAUUGAUGAUAUUGUUUUCUAAUUCGAUUUUUUUAAAAUAUAAGUAAAAAUAUCUUCGAGAAAAAUACAAGUUUAUUUAAUUUCAAUCAAAUCAACAAACAACGUUAUUAUCCUUUAUUAAAGAAACAUAAAUUAUUUUUAAUUCAAAUAAUUUAGUUGUUCUGGUUUUAAAUAUAUAUUUCUUUUCUGUAAAGAAAGAUUUGUGUUGUAUAACUAUUUUUUCAAUUCUAAUAUAAAAAACAACCCAAAUGUCUUCAAAUCAAAGAAAUUUUUCUUUAAUCGCAUAGCAAUGCACAAAUUCCUGUAAUUCAAACAAAUUUUUUUGAAGAAACUUUUUAUUGAGUGUAUAAAGACAUCGUACGAGAAGUAUUCAUAUAUUGGCAGUUUAUAUUUCUAUUUUAAUAUUUGAUUGUAACUUUCUAUUUAAAAUUUCUAUAUGAUAAAUUAAUUAUUUAUUGUUCAAUCAUUAACCAGAAUUGUGACAAUAAUUUAAAGCAUAAAAUUUUACGAAAUAAAUAUAUACGUUACAAAAAUAAAAAUUUAGAGUCCCAUGGUAAGUUAUUCUUUUUGUUUGAUUAUAAAAUAAAAAAAAAACUUUUUUUAAUCAUAUUAAGAAAUUUAAUUUAAAAAACCUUGAAUUAAGGAUACACACAGCAAUCACGUCCAUCCAGUCUUGUAACUAUGUGGAUAUUCUCGUAUUAAGCGUUUAGGACUAUUUACCAUAGGAAAAGGAUCCAUGAGAAAGUUAGUCAUGGAAUAAUAUGUCAUUGGAAAAUUAGAGUACCAAAGAUUUCAGCUGAAACGUAUACUUUGCAUUUGUAUACGAUUUUAAAAUUAAAUAAUAUAAUUUAAAUAAUAAAUUCUUGCGCUCUUUUUACAGUACCAACUACCAAUUGCUCAUUAAACUCUCUUCAAUUAUUUAAAUUGCCUUAAAUAUUAUUAAUUUUAUAUUUUAUAUGUAAUAAAAGGUCGUUUGCCAAAUUUCUUGUAAUGAUUAUGAUACAUCCUUAAUGGGAUAGACUGUUAAAAAUUAGAGUUGCAGAACAUCGCAAUCACGUUAAUAGAAACAUUAUGAAUCCGUCAUUACAGAGAUUAUGUAAUUUAUAGGAUAAAUUAUAAUCACGAGUUUGAUUCGAAUGAUUAGCAAGUUUUGGAUAAUCAAAGAGAAAAAAAGUGAUAGUUGUUUUUUCUCUAUCUUGCUAUCUUCUCGCUGAUAAUGACGGAAAGCUGUUACUUUGUAUCUAGCUUAACUUGCCAAUCGGCGCGGCGCCGCGGCGCCUGGAAAGAGAUCGCGAUUAUCAAUCAGCGAGAAAAAGAGCAUUUGUCUCUAUUAGAAUGAGACGCAAAAUGAAUGAAAAGACAGGUGCCGAUGUGCGAUUCACCAAGUGUUCAAGUUAAGAGGUGCUAUAAAGUCAUACUGGAGUCCGAGACUGUCUUACCCGUUCAUAACGUGAAGAACCAACCUGAUAGCGGAAAAUUCGUUUCUGCGUCAUAUUUUACUAUCAUGAUGAUGUGGACAGUGCUAAUAUUGGCAGCGAUCAUGUUGAUCGACGUAGCGGCACCAGCAGAUCCAAUAGAAAAUUCUGGCAUCGCCACGAUCGACCACAAAAAACAAGUUAAUGCUAUCGAUUGCGACGAAUUUGUAGCCUUUUCCGCCAUUCAAGGAUCAGUGAUUGAAGCUAAGCUCGUCCUCGCCGAAAUGCUAAUAGAUAAAGGAGUCGAAUACGAAUUGGAAACUGGAAUCCUUACCAUGCAUUGUGAUGGCGUUUACCAAUUUAGCUUCGCUGGAUAUGGUAGCACGGACUUGCGAUUGGCAUUGAAACGCAAACAGAACAAUGUCGACAGUUGGAUAACGAUUGUGAGCACUGGUUCAGGCGGAGGAAACCAUCUCGUCCUAUUGGAUGUCGAUGCUGGUGAUCAACAUGCUGUCUUCGUUGAAUCCGGGGAAAUUAACCCAGACAGUGUCAGUUUCACGGGUCGCCGCGUUUAUAGAGACCAAUAACAAUAUUGACAAAUCUAAGAUACCAAUUAUCAUUAAGGAAUCCAAGUUUUAAUUUAUUAUAAAUUAAAACUGAGUCUAAAAAAAUUUUUGAUCAAAGAAGGUUAAACAAAAUAAUCAAAAUUUUCAAAAUGUAAUUUGUAACUUAAAAGAUAUUUAACAAAAAGGUGGUAAAAAAUUCUUUAUAGAAUUGAUUUUUUGAAAAUCAAAAGGCUCAUCGUUUCUUUAAAAAUCUAAUUGGAUUAUAAAAUACUAAAACAUAAUACCAUGCUCUUGGAUUAAGAUUGUUAGACUGUCAUUAAAUGCAUUUAAAAACAUCUAUAAGAAAAGAAAAAAAGAUUUAAAUGUUCUUGCAAAAUACGAAUUUUUUUUACUACAAACAAGAAUUUUCUUGUGUACUGAAAUACAGUUAAAUAAUUUGUUUUAAAAUUUUUAGACGGAUUUAAUAUUCUGCGAUACCUAUUUUUUUCAGUCGUUAAAAAUUUUUAAUCUUAUUAAUUUCUUUCAUUAUGUAAAAUGAUAAAAUGUCUAAUUUUUUUUUAACACAA